AUGGCUAUCACACUUUGUGAUGAGCAACAAAACCGAAUUGCUAUAGAUUUUGGACAGCAAAAAGUUGUUGAUUAUGUUGUGAAACGGACAAAAAUAUCAAACAAGAUUGACAAAGUCUACUUGAUUCACACCCACGGCAGCACAACCAGAGGUGUACGACGAACCAAGAGAAGAAUGUUGCAAUCAGAAGAAAAGUCUUCCACCCAAAUAUUAACAGCAAUGGAAGCAUAUGUGCUGUUGUCUAUAUGCUCUCUCUUGACGGAUCCAAAUCCUGACGACCCACUACUUGUGCCAGAAAUUGCUCAUAUGUACAAAACAGACAGGGCAAAGUAUGAGGCGACAGCUCGUAGCUGGAGUCAGCAGUAUGCCAUGGGUUGA